AAUUCUGCAAGUAGUUCUAAUUUACUAUCGCUGUUCUCUAGCUGGUCUAAACCCGCUUUUGACCUAAAGGGACGCUCUUUGGACACCAUGGACAUUUCUCAGUUUCCAGGCAGAAAGAGCGGUAAAAAUGCAGGCAGGGCACAGGACAAAGCACUAGGGACAAAAUGUAUGUGAAACGCUUUGAUACAUGAAUGUCACUUUUUCACAUUUUUAAAUUUCCCGCCAGUUCCAACCCCGUACGUUCCGACGUCGCAGGGAACGGAACCCAGAAGACAGAUGCCGGCAUCGGCCGGAGGACAUUGCCGGGGACACUGCAGGAGGGACAU